AAGCGCAAAGCCCCUCCCUCCCUCUAGGUGGCGCCACCACUUCGGCACAUUUCCGGUGUCCCGCCGCCAAUGCCCGGUCAGUCAGGACGAGAACCUGUCCCUGGGAACUCCGGAGCUCUGCGAACUACAGGACCCAGUGGACGAAGCGACCAGUCGAGCCAAUGAGAGAUCACGAUACAAUCACUGCCAUUUGAAUUCUCCGUGUUGGGGUGGGACUUCCGGCCCCCUCUCCUGGCGGCCAUCUUGGCAGUCCUUCUGGGGCUUCUGGCUCCAGAAUUCUUGGGGACCGAGGUGGAGGAAUUGAGCAGCGCAGGGGGAGGCGCCGUCCCCGUCGCAGAGGCGGCUCUGAGGCCCGGCGACGCUGCCCGCGAGCCCUGCGCCGGGGCCGGGAUCGGGACCGCCGCGCCCGGGUCGCCUCCUCUGCCCCGCGCCCGGCUCCGCUGCGCCCAUAGAGUCCGAUGGCGGCGGCCGCGCUGAGCGGCCCGGCCCAGGGAACUGUGAGGCGGAGAUAAGCCUGGAAGAACCGUCUCUGUGUCUGCUCGGCCUGACGUUGACAAGGGCUGAACACAGUGAAGAAAGAGACCCAGGGCAGUGUGACCUUUGAUGACGUGGCCGUGUACUUCUCCUGGGAGGAAUGGAGGCUCCUUGAUGGCGCCCAGAGACACCUGUACCACCAUGUGAUGCUGGAGAACUUUGGACUUAUAUCCUCACUGGCCCUCCAUUAUCAUCAAAGAUCUCACACAGGAGAAAGGCCUUAUAGGUGCAAUGAUUGUGGAAAGUCUUUUAUCUCUAGGUCUGACCUUCGUUAUCAUCAGAGAGUUCAUUCUGGAGAAAGGCCUCAUGAGUGCAACGAAUGUGGGAAAUCAUUUAUCACUCGUACUGCUCUCCGUUACCACCAACGAGUUCACACUGGAGAAAGGCCUCACCAGUGCACUCCAGCCUCCGUUAUCACCACAGGAUUCACAAUGAAGAAAGGCCUUAUGAGUGUACUGAAUGUGGGAAGUCUUUUAAUAACAGAUGGACACUCAUUCGACACCAGAGAAUUCACUCAGGAGAAAAGCCUUAUGUAUGCAGUAAAUGUGGGAAAUCCUUUACCUGUAGCUCCAACUUACGGUAUCAUCAGCGAUGUCACCUUGGAGAAAGGCCGUAUGAGUGCGGUGAAUGUGAGAGAUCUUUUACCACUAGCUCUGCCCUACGUUAUCAUCAGAGGAUUCACACAGGAGAAAGGCCCUAUGAGUGUACUGAAUGUGGCAAGUGUUUUAUUUCCAGGUCUGACUUCCAUUAUCAUCAGAGGGUUCAUUCUGGAGAAAGGCCUUAUGUAUGCACUGCAUGUGGGAAAUCAUUUAUCCGAAAAAAUAACCUCAUGUUACACCAGAGAGUUCACACAGGAGAAAGGCCUUACAAAUGUAGUGAAUGUGGGAAAUGUUUCAAUAAUAGGUGGACAGUCAUUCAACACCAGAGAAUUCACACAGGAGAAAAGCCUUAUGUGUGCAGUGAAUGUGGGAAAUCUUUCACGUGUAGCUCCACCCUCUGUUAUCAUCAGAGAGUUCAUGCAGGAAAAAGGCCUUAUGAGUGUAGUGAAUGUAGGAAAUCUUUCACAUCUAGUUCCACUCUCCGUUAUCAUCAGAGAGUUCACACAGGAGAAAGGCCUUACGAGUGUAGUGAAUGUGGGAAAUCUUUUAGUUUUAGUGCCAGCCUUCGUUAUCAUCACAGAGUACACAGUGGAGAAAGGCCUUAUGAGUGCAGUGAAUGUGGGAAAUCUUUUAAGGAUCGAUCACAAUUCAAUAAACAUCAGAGAGCUCACAGUGGAGAAAGGCCUUAUCAAUGUAACGAAUGUGGGAAAUCCUUUAGCCAAAAAUCAUCCCUCUCAAUACACCAGAGAAUUCAUAGUACAGAUAGAUCUUAUGAGUGUAAUACAUGUGGGAAAUCCUUUACCUCUGUCUCUGGACUUGAUUAUCAUCGGAGAGUUCACCGGGGAGAAAAGCCUUAUCAUUGCAGUGAAUGUGGGAAAUCUUUUACCAAUAGCUCCAUUCUAGUUCGACAUCAGAGAGUACACACAGGGGAACGACCUUAUGUGUGCAGUGAGUGUGGAAAAUCUUUUACCAGUAGUGCUACCCUCUCUUAUCAUCAGAGAGUUCAUGCAGGGAAAAGACCUUAUGAGUGCAGUGAAUGUGGGAAAUCUUUUACCUCCAGUUCUACCCUUCGUUAUCAUCAGAGAGUUCACACAGGAGAUAGGCCUUAUGAGUGUGCUGAAUGUAGGAAAUCUUUUAUAUCUAGCUCCAAACUCCGUUACCACCAGAGAGUUCACACUGGAGAAAGGCCUUAUGAGUGCAGUGAAUGUGGGAAAUCCUUUAGAGAUAGUUCCCAAUUCAGUCAACACCGGAGAGGUCACACUGGAGAAAGGCCAUAUGUGUGCAAAGAAUGUGGGAAAUAUUUUGUGCGAAAAUCUACUCUCUCUCAACAUCAAAGAAUUCACACUACAGAAAAGCUAUAGAUAUACUGGGAUGUACAACUGCCUAUUCAGUUCAAACAUUAGAGAAACUGAGAAGCCAUGUAUCUGAAUUGAAUUUAAUACAUCUGAGCAUACACAGUGGGGUUAGUCCCAAGUUCCAGUUACAUGGUAAGCUUGUGAAAAGAUCUUGUACUUUUUACCAUGUCCAGGGCUCAUUUCAGCUUUAUGUCACUGCUAGUUUUGGGGGCUAAGGCCAUUUCAUCUGCCACAUGGCAAGACCACACUGUGCAACAUUCACCACCCGAUGUAUUCCCAGAAGCUGAAUUGUUUUUCUCAUGUAUUGGAGAAAAUUAUGAAUAACCUGUGCCCUUAGGGCUUCAGCAUUUCCUCCAUAGACAUUGAACUACCAUGGGCAUAGACCUGGAUCAGUGUUGUCUCAGAAUAUUUUGAGUUUAGCUGUGAGCUUGCAGAGAAUGACUACCUUUUUUGAGACAUGUUGGUCUCCUAUAACUUGAGAUUAAUUUUUCCGGCAUCCAUGUCAUGAAUUUGAGAACUGCGUGUCACACAUUGGUUUUUAAAGCCCCACUCUUUAAAUCCUCUUUAAUCUCUGACGGUCUACUUACUGUGUGGGAUAGUUUAUAAACACAUUUGGUCUCUACAAGCAUAAAGAGAACAACUUGUUAGGAAUAUCAAAAUGUUCUGUGCCUAAGUAGAGACAGUAUGAUGUCAGAAUACAUAAUUUUUCAGUAUUCACCAAAUCUGCUUUACCCACAGCCUCCUAGAAAAAACUUAUGCUGUGGUAGUCAUAGGAAGCCUUGGUGUGUGUAGGAAUCUCAAUGAUGACCCUGAGUAGGGGUCAAGUUUGAGAACUUCAUUUGCUUCUGAGAGUGGCACAAUUUUUUCCCCUUAAUCAGAGGAGUUUAUCACAGGAUAAGAGACAUCAUAGCAUUGUUGAGGGUAUCUUCCCCAGGUCUACAAAGAGCCAUAAACCACAAUUCAUUGGACUGUGGAAUCGGUACAGAAGUACUGGCAUACUAGGGAGUGGAGAGUACUGCAGCAAGUUAGAUGAAAUGUGUGUCUUCUAAAAGUGCAUCCAAAAAUGUUUCUGACAGUGACUGUGCAGAAUCAGUUUGUACACAAUGUAGGACUUGCAGGCAUGUUUAUCUUGUGUAGCUGAAGCUGUUCAGAGGAACUAAUAAACUGAAAGGUUUUGUGGACAUUCCAUAGCUUCCCAGUGAGGUUUGUCUUAAAGCUGUUACUAAACAAGCAAGAAAAGGAACAGGAAGGAGGACCCAGAGUCAGGGGAUGAGGCUCUGGUGACCCGGGCGGCAUUCUUGUUGACUCAGAAAUGUUCUUCAUCUUUUUUUUUCUACCACUGAGGUAAUUGUGACAUUGAGGCCUAAGGAGAGAUAGUAUAGUGAAUAUUCGGUUGCCAAAUCUAUUUUCCAAAAGGAGUAGGACAGACUUUCUCCUGGGCCAGUUUUUAAAACCUUAGUAAGGUAUCAUUUACAUAUGCUAGCCUACAUGUACUUAUAAGCUGUACAAUUUGAUGACCUUUGAUAUAGGUAUAAACCUCUGGAAACUACCAUUACAGUCCUGAAAAUUACCAUAUCUGUCACAGUAUGUUUACCUCAUGUCCUUUCAUAAUCUUUCCAUGCCCUUCCCUCUUCCUCAGGUGUCAUAGGUUUACUUUCCAUUAUAUUAGGUAGAUAUGUUUGCAUUUUGAUGGAUUCAUAGGAUUGAAAUCUUAGGCUAUUUACUGUGUUAUUUUUUUCCUUAUGUGUCAUAUUACUUUCAGAUAAUGCCAAUAAUGCCACUACCUUUUUCUUUUCUAAGUGAUAUUUUUGGAUAUACUAAAAUUUAUUCACCUAUUCAUGGGAGUUACAGCUAUUUCUUCACCUUGACUAUUGAAAAUAACUAGCAUAAAUACUUGAGUUCCUUACAUGAAUGUAUGUGUCUUUUAGAUCAAAGGUUAGCAUGUAAUGUCUGAGUCAUGAUACAUGAAUGUUUUACUUUUGAAGAAAUGUAACAUUUUUUUCCCCAAA